AGUUGACUAGCCAAAAGCUAUCCUAGAUUUACCAUAGCUCUUUAUUAUUGCUCGUGACUGUGGUAUUAUAUAUAUGACUCUUUAAAUAUAAUUAUAUUUUUUAAAUAGGUAUAUAUUGUAAAUAGCUAUAGGUAUGUAGCUAGAAGUAUAUCGCUGUAGGCAUAGCAGCUAAAGACUAUGCGGAAAGAGUGUAUGAAAAUAGGCUGCGGUAGGAUAGUGGGUGGCUACCAUAUCUGCCACACUCUGGUAAAGGCUCUUCCAGUUGGAAUCUAGUGACCAUCGAGGGCUCGUUCGAUUUGUCUAGGCUAGAAAAAUCCAAUGAACCAUGUUUUGAGAAAGUUAUUCCAAUUUUCGAACUUUCGUAGCCCCAAAUAUAUGCCUCUAUAGGAUGUAUAGUUUUCAUGUUGUCUUUCUGAACUUUCGUAUUUGACCAGGUCAUGAUAGGUUGUCCGUAUCGAGGGAUAUCGAAAAGCGACCAGAAGCCUUUUGGUUUUGAGUUCGGUGGACACUUUGCUCGUUUGAUUUAUUGGCGUAGAUCCUUAAUUUGAGUGUGAGUGGACCCAGUAGGCUUGGCACAUAAUGGGCGCGACGGUAUCUCGCGGCGAGAUAGGCUACCCGUCUUUUUCUAUGUAAAUUAGAGAGGGACGGGUAGUCUAUCUCGCCGCGAGGCCCUGUCGCGCCAAUCAUGUGCUAGCCCGGCAGUAAGUCUUUGCCAGGUCUUUUCUUCUCAUUCAUAAAUCCUCCGUUGACAUAGUCGAAUAAUUCGUCAAAAAAAAAGAAAAACAUCGGCUGUUUCUUUGCUUGACGGAUCUAGUAUCGUGUCGUGUCUUGACCCAAUAGGGGACAGGUCAGUACCUCAGCGAUCGAAUGUAGGAAAGAACAUAUUCCUUAUUUUAAUGAACGAUCUUCCCCUUGAAUCGUCGAUUGUGGAUUUUGUAAUUGGUAUUUGCGCCAUAGUAAAUGCAGACAGCGGGGACCAGUUAAUAAAAAAUGUUCAUUAUGUGACACGCCUAUCCGAAUGGUUCACAGCAAACGGAAUUAUAUUAAAUCUACAUAAAUUAUGUGUAACGGAGUUCAACUUGAGGCAGACUCGAGACGCUGUUGUCAACGCAAAAUACCUCUGAUCUCUUGUCCACGACACGGUUGUUCAACCGUACGGUGUGUCAGCCGUACGGUUGAAAAAACGUGCUAGCUUGUACAUGACACGGCAAAAUCACCGGGCGAGGCAUUGGCUAAGUACUGGCUUUAGCGCGCUAGUAGCGCUUUUUACCCCGGGCUGUGUAGGACGUGCUGCGUCAUGAAUUUUCUUACGAAAAAAAAGAUUAUCGUUGCUUAUUUUACAUAUAUAGGAAACGGAAAAUAGAAAAAAAAAGGGAAAGAAGGUUUUGGAUACAUCCGAUUUUAGAAAAAAAGGGAGGAAUAUGGCGCGUUUCAUACACUUUUCAAGAAUCAAUUGAGAGAAGAUGAAGACAAGUUUUACAAUUAUUUUAGAAUGCAGAAAACUACAUUCGACAACUUGCUCCAAAAAUUAUCCCAGAAACUAAAACAUCAAGAUACUUUUAUGCGACAGAGUAUAUCGCCCGCAGAAAGAUUGGCUGUAACUCUGAGCGAUUUCAGACUGUGCAGAUAAAUCGAACGUCCCUAGUGUCUCCACACGCCUCCGAUAUCGGCGUCGAUCGGCAGUUCUCCGCAGAGUCUCACGCAAGAAACACGCAUUAUGGAAGAUGAUGACGCGUAUGUUUAAAGAAAAAAAAGGCGCGGAGUGUGUGGUGUAAAGACUGGCUCAUGAAAAGGAAGCGAUUUUCUCAUACCAACUUAUUAAAUGAGUUGAAAUUUGCUCCGAAAAAUUGGCAUAAUUACUUGAGGAUGAAUGAAGAAGCAUACUUUAAUCUGCUGGCUUUAGUUACUCCACUAAUAAAGAAACACGACACUGUAAUGCGAAGAAGCAAUAAGUCCUCAUGAAAGAUUAUCUGCUACACUGCGAUUUUUAGCUACAGGACGUUCCUACGAAUGUAUGAAGUUUUCUACAAUAAUAUCACCGCAAGCUCUUAGUCAAAUCAUUCCUGAAACCUGUGAUGCUUUGUACGAGGUUCUACGGAAAGAGUACUUAAAGUUUCCCAAAACAGAACAAGAUUGGAGAAUAAUAGCGAGAGAAUUCGAGCAGAAGUGGAACUUCCCUCACUGUUUAGGUGCCAUUGAUGGUAAGCACGUUGAAAUCGUGCCUCCAAGUAACAGUGGCUCGUUUUAUUAUAACUAUAAACAUAGACACAGUAUGGUAUUGCUGGCAAUCGUUGAUGCAAAAUACAGAUUCCUGUUAGUUGAUUUUGGAACAAAUGGAAGGGUUUCUGAUGGUGGAGUAUUGUUGAAUACGAAAUUUUAUGAAAAACUUGAAAGGAAGACGUUAAAUAUUCCUACAGCAGAAAGGUUGCAUCCACGAAUACUGCCGUAUGUAUUUGUAGCUGAUGACGCGUUUCCUCUGAGAAAGGACAUGAUAAAACCAUUUCGGCAAAAUGACUUAGACAGUAGAAUUAAGAAGAUAUAUAAUUAUCAGACAUCGCGAGCACGCCGCAUUGUCGAAAACGCAUUUGGGAUAAUAGCGGCAAGGUUCAGAAUUUACAGAACACAAAUGAACCUGUCGCCUGAAACUAUUGGGUCAGUCGUAAGAGCAACCUGUGCUUUGCAUAAUUAUUUGACGUCAUCAUCGCUUUCAUACGCUUCUUCAGAAUGUUUCGAUAUUGAAAACUUUGAAGAAGGUACGAUAACGUCAGGACUCACAACAAGAGCGUCAACACUUGAACCAUUACAAAGAACUAUACAAGGCCGUGCACCUCAAAUAGCUAAUCAAAUAAGAAGUCAAUUUAUGACGUAUUUUGUAAGUGAAGGAAAAGUUCCUUGGCACGACAAUUUCAUUCAUUAAUGUCAAGCAAAAUGGUCUGCACCUUGUAUUUGUGUAUAAUAUUUUUUUUUUUCAUUAUAAUUAUUUUUAUAAUAAUUUAUUAUUUAUUUACCAUUAUUUUGCCUCUUCCUUUGCAUUCCUUAGUUCCAUACACACGU